ACAAUAUUUAUCUCAAGCCUUCACCAGAUUUCGCAAAUAUACAACUGAUUAUCAAAACAUUUAAAAGUUCAUCAAACUAUGCUAAUUUUCGAUGGAAAUUCUCUGUGCAUAUAAUAAUGUUGGAUAGAAAUUCUCUGUUACUCUUGGAGCUAAGUAUCCUCUCUUGAGAGGUACAUCUCAAUAAAUUGUUUCAAUCCUCCAUCAGAUAUUUCAAUAGUAAAAUUGAUUGUCCAAAUAUUAAGAAAGUUCAUCAAACUAUACUAAUUCUGGAUUGAAAUUUGGUUUGGCUCAUUUCAAUGUGCUGAUCUUUCGAUUGGAGUAACUGGACUUGGCUUUUUAACGGAUGGUGAUAUACUAAUGUUGGAUAGAAAUUCUUUGUUACUCUUGGAGCUAAGUAUCCUUUGUUGAGAGCUGAGGAAGGAAAAUGACAUACUAAGAGAAUCAUUGUUGCUUGAGCAGUCCAAAAAUGGUGAAGUGAUCAAGAGGUUGGAGUCUGAAUUAAAGGAGCUACAUGAUGCCCAUUCAGAAGAUAUGAUGCACAUUGGGAGCUUGGAAAGUGAACUGAGGACUUGCUCCCGAAAAAUAGGUUACUUGCAGGAUCAGCUAAAUCUGAAGAAUGUGGAGGCAAGUUAUGUGGCGGAGCACAUUCAUAGUCUCGAACUGAAGCUUGUGGAAGCUGCAAAAUUACAUGAAAAGGUUACCUAUUUGAGGGAGGAACUUGAGAAGUCGGAUUCCGAACGUUUAGCCUUGAUGGAAGAACUUGAACUCAAGAAAAAAGAGCUUGAAAAUUCAGCCUUUCAUAUAGAGAAUCUAGAGGUAAUAAUUUCAUCUCUUACCUUGGAAAGUCAGUGUGAGAUAGAGAGCAUUAGGCAUGAACUGGUGGCUUGUGAAGCAAAAUACACAGAGGUUAAGGUGUCCAAUGAAAACGCAGCUAAAGAAACAGCAGGGAUGGCUGAUUUGAUAAAACUAUACAAGGAGCAGUUCAAAGAGGCUAAGCAAAUGAUCACCUCCUUGGAGAAGGAGAAUAUCACAUUGCAAGAGAAGCUAGCUAACUGUGAGAAGACUACUGUGCUAUUUUGUCAUAAAGUGGAAACCCAUCUUGACCAAUUGCUGAAAGGACAAAUACGACUACCAAUGUUAGGUUUUAAUCAAUCCAUGGCGAAUUUGCUAGAGAAUGAGCUUACUGUAGAAAAAGAAAUAAGCACUGGUGAAGAAACUCUUCUGCCCAUCCUUUCGAAACUUUCAAUUAUAGAUGCCUCGGACGAGUGCCUAGAUGAUGAAUUAGAGAAGAUGUCACAUCAAAUCCGUGAAUCCCAACUUCUUAUCGAGCAGCUCAGGGAGGAACUGAGAAAAGAGAAGGCAAGAGCAAAGGAAGAUGCUGAAGAUCUAACCCAAGAAAUGGCUGAGAUGAGAUAUCAAGUCAUGGGCAUGCUCGAAGAGGAGUGCAGCCGACGUGCUUGCAUUGAGCAAGCUUCUUUGCAUCGGAUUGAGGAGUUAGAAGCUCAAGUACGCAAAGAAGAGAUGAGAUCUCAGGCUGCAGAGAUUUGUUGUCGCGAAGCUGAGAAAUUAGCCGAAGAUAGAUCCAAGGAAGUUGAGAAUCUGAAGAAUGUCUUAGCGGGAUUACAACGAGAUGGCGGUACUCAAAAAGCAGAAGCAUGCAGCUCUGAGGACUGUUUGAGAGUCGAGAAACCAUCCAGUCCAAGUGAAGAGCUUGCUGGGGACGAAUCCAAAAUCACAAGUAACAAGGAUAAUGAAGACCAGGCCAUUGUUGCUUGGUGCAAAGAGGACCCGGAACCAUUAUAUGAUGAGAGAGAAACCAUAUUUAGAGAUCCAGUUUUCAGGGAGCAAGGCCAUUGAUCACAAGGUGGUAAUGAUGAGAGAGAAAAUGUUUAGAGACUCAAAUGAUCAAGGUUAAAGAGCACUUGAAAGGGCCAGCUUUGCUUGAUGCAAGCCAUCUGUGUAUUGCUGUUCUUGUUCUUUCAUUGGCUUAUGCUGCGUUCAGAAUUUUCCAAACUCAUAUUUAAUGGCUUUCCUGUGAAAUGUAAUCAAUUGGUGUUUUGCAUUAUAUGGAAGAGGGAUCGAUUUUUCGUUAAAAAUAUCGUUCUCGAAAAGAGCAUUUGAGUGCCUGAUGUAAUAUGAAAACUCUAAAAGUUGUUGCAUGUAAUGUAAAAACUAGAAAAGAGCAUUUGAGUGCUCUUAGUGAUAUGGUUUGGUGCUCAAA